AUGGCGGAGAUGUGCAGUAUGUGCCGAUCGGAGGAUGGGCUUCGACAUACAAGUGAUGGGCUUUUAGGCUACCUGUCCAACAAGCUCCUCUACGUCCUCACCCUCCUCAUCCUCCCCGACCACCACCACCAAAGCCCCUCCUCCCUUCCUCCCGCCGCCGCCCUCAUCGGCUAUGUUCUUUCCCUCUUCCACAGCAUCCCCAGGCCUUCCGCCUUCCCCCACAACCUCCUCAUGAGAGCUCACACCCUUCUCUCCUCCCCUCUCCCCGCCCUCAUCGUCUUCGCCCGCAUGCGCCGCGCCGCCGUGAACCCCGACUCCCACGCCUUCCCCUUCGCCCUCCAGGCCUGCGCAACCUUCCGCUCCCCCGCCCUCGGCCGGGCCUUCCACUGCCAGGUCCUCAAGUUCGGCUUCGCCGCCGACUACUACGUCCGCAACAAUUUGAUUAGUGCGUACGCUCCAUUCCACUCCAUGCUUGAAGCCCAAGGCCUCUUCGACGAGUGCCCGUCGUCUCGUCACAUCGUCACCUACAACACCUUGAUGGACGGCUAUGUCAAGGUCGCUGACAACGCGUUUGCACGUAAGCUUUUCGACGAGAUGCCUGCAAGAGAUGCGACGUCGUGGGGCACGCUCUUGGCAGGCUACUCGAAGGUGGCCCGCUGGACCGAGGCGAAGCCAUCCAUGAGUACAUCAAGAAGAACAGAGCUGAACUCAAUGUCUAUCUGUCCACGGGCCUGGUAG